AUGUCCCGACGGCACCACAGAUACCUGGAGUUGGUAAAUGCCGAUCAAGCCUUCUGUCCUUCGGCUAAUGGUUUAGCUGAAGGACUAUCGGAGAGUUCCGCUUCGAAGGUCGAUUUGCAAUUAUUGCUGAUAUGGAAUGUUCGAAAUGGGGUGGGCCUACGUCGGCGACUAACCUGUUUCCCGCUUGCGUGGCUUGUACGUCGAAGUGUGAUUGCACUCGGUCUACCGGAAGCGAUUCACACAGUCUGUCGUUUGCUACUCAAACGAUUGCGAGUGCUCCUAUCCCAUGCUGCUGAUUUGCCAACCGGACCAUUGCUGGUCACUUCCAUACCUUGGUCUCGAGUACUUCGAAUUGAAGUGACUGCCAUGGCUGUGGUCGUGAUUGCUCUAAGAUUGCUAUUCAAAUUUGACGAUCUAACCGAGUAUCGUCUCGCUUGUGUUGCCGAAGCACUUGCAGAACCCGUGGGUGAUUCUGGCACGUCUCCGUCACACGAUCCCCGUCCUUUGCCAUUUGACUGGACCGCCUGGGCAGCCUACGCGGAACGCCGAUUUCGUCAGUCUUCGUCUGGUGUGCCGGAUACACGCACCGAUUUGAUCGCAUGUGAACCGGAAACCCUGUUGCGAUGCAAUACAGUGCGCGGGUCGGAUUUGUCUUUGGUGGAUUCGGUGAAAGAUUUUCUCGGUCCAUACGAAUUUCAAUUGGGUAAAUCCAUCGGCUGGGGCGAGUCGGUGAUGUAUGCGCGUAAACAUGGUCAAGUGAGUUAA